AGACUCUUGCCAUACACUUGCUAGUUUCGUUAAAAUUUGGUUUUGUGGGAAAGAAUAGACGGAAGUGUGGAAAGAAGAGUCGAACAGAAAAAGAAGAAUGGAACAGAGGAAGGGCGAUGAUCCGAUCUGAUCGUAGAGUCCAAAUGGCAAAUAAAGGAAUUAAUGAAAUGAUGUAAUGUAGUAACCAGUGAUUAUUAUCAUUUCAAACAAGAUUGAAGAUUCAAUCAAUCCCAAUUGGCAUGGAGACUUAUCCUGGAAUAUCUCCACGCCCACUGCUACUUAUGUUCUUCUUUUCGGUUUUGUGUUAUGGUGUAAAUUCUUCGACAACCAAGUAGCAACUCCAUUCUUAUCGUCUUUGCUUUUCCUUUCUAUUUCUCACCUUCUCCUCCCAAACCUGAUUUCUUCUUUUCUACAGAGGAUCUUGGCCCCUCCACGAUUGCGACCAAUGUCAUCGUGCCAAGGUAGGUGUGUUCAUCUCAGAUGUUGAUCAUACAAUAUGUUGUUGUUCAACGGUUAACUUGCCCCAUUUACUUGUCUUCCCGUAUAGUUAUUUUUACCGUGUUGCUAUUGCUGUGCAAGCAGGAACAGGAUAUCUCUACAACUAGAAACCGCCAUCGUCCCGAUGAAAAGGAUAUUGAUAUAAUUGCAACAUACAGUGAUGCAUCUGGCUAUGUUCGACUGGCUAGGUUAAAGAUGAGGGACUUAUCUGAUUCCUGGAUUUGGGAAAACCCUAAUAACGGAAACAAUGAAUAUCAAAAGAGCUCCCAGGUACUUUAGUUUGAUUUCAUCUUUUUCUUCAGUUCAGGUGGUUGCUGUAAUUUGGAAGGACUUAAUGUCUAGCAGAAAACAUAAACUACAACCACAUACUUCGGUAGCAUUUCUUGUUUUCAUUUCCAGUGAACUGAUGGAAUCAUUUCAAAUGGAUUCAAGAUUUUUGGACAAUCCCAAGCAUUCCUCAGAUGAACAUUAUCCUCACAAAAGCAGAAUUGAAACACCCCGUUCCUCAUCAAUGACUCCAGUGAAGAUCAAGCGCAGGGUAAUGCGGCAAGAAAGAAAGCAAGCACGUGGAGCUGAACUUAUUCUGCAAGACACAGAAACUGACAAUCACUUUGUAUCAGCAGCAAUGGAACACUCUGAAGGAUUUGAUACGACUAUCAAGGGAAAGUAUAGUAUAUGGAGGAGAGAAUAUGAAAACCCAAAUUCUGAUUCAACUCUGAAACUCAUGCGAGAUCAAAUAAUAAUGGCCAAAGCAUAUACCAACAUUGCAAAAUCUAUGAACAAAACUAUUCUUUACAAAGCUCUUGUCAAACACUCUAGAAAUAGUCAACAAGCUAUAGGAGAAGCCAGUUCUGAUGCUGAGCUUCACCAUGGGGCACUUGAUCAAGCAAAAGCUAUGGGCCAUGUUCUUUCUAUAGCAAAGGACCAACUUUAUGACUGCCUUUUGGUGGCAAGGAAGUUAAGGGUGAUGCUUCAAUCAACAGAAGAUAGAGUGAAUAUACAGAAGAAAAGAAGUGCAUUUUUGAUUCAGCUGGCUGCAAAAACUGUGCCUAGACCAUUGCACUGCCUUCCUCUGCAACUUGCCGCUGAUUAUUACCUGCAGAGCUAUCAUAAGAAAGAAAAUCUUGACAAAGAAAAGAUUGAAGAUCCAUCUCUUUACCACUAUGCUAUAUUUUCUGAUAAUGUACUGGCUACAUCUGUGGUCGUUAAUUCUACUGUGCAGAAUGCAAAGGAACCCAAGAAGCAUGUAUUCCAUAUAGUGACGGAUAAAUUGAAUUUUGCAGCAAUGAGAAUGUGGUUUCUAAUCAACCCUCCUUCUAAAGCAACCAUUGAAGUUCAGAAUAUUGAUGACUUCAAGUGGCUGAAUUCCUCUUAUUGUUCUGUUCUACGUCAACUAGAAUCAGCAAGAAUCAAGGAAUAUUACUUUAAAGCCAAUCAUCCUUCCUCCCUCUCUGUUGGUUCUGACAAUCUAAAAUAUAGAAAUCCUAAAUAUUUGUCAAUGCUAAAUCACUUAAGGUUCUACCUUCCUGAAGUUUAUCCAAAAUUAAACAGAAUUUUGUUCUUGGAUGAUGACAUUGUAGUGCAGAAAGAUUUGACACCUCUUUGGUCAAUUGAUUUGAAAGGUAUGGUGAAUGGUGCUGUAGAGACAUGCAAGGAGAGCUUCCAUAGGUUUGAUAAAUACCUAAACUUUAGUAAUCCACUGAUUUCCAACAAUUUCAGUCCUGAGGCUUGUGGCUGGGCAUUUGGCAUGAAUAUUUUUGACUUGAAGGAGUGGAAGAAACGAAACAUCACUGGAAUAUAUCAUCGGUGGCAAGAUAUGAACGAGGAUAGAACCCUCUGGAAGCUUGGAACCUUACCCCCUGGACUAAUCACCUUUUAUAAUCUGACCUAUCCGCUGGAUCGAGGCUGGCACGUUUUGGGACUUGGCUAUGACCCGGCUCUGAACCUAACAGAAAUAGAGAGUGCCGCUGUCAUUCACUACAACGGAAACUACAAGCCGUGGUUGAAUCUUGCUGUUUCGAAAUAUAAAUCAUACUGGUCCCGAUAUGUUAUGUUCGAUAAUCCAUAUCUUCGAGUUUGCAACCUUAGCGAAUAGUGAAUUUUGUAGACCUCACUUUUCCUCCGUCUCUGUUACUGUACUUUUUGAGAAUGGUACCCCCAUAAUAUAGUUGUCCUUCAAGAGAAACUCUAGUUUGGUGACAUUUUGAUCGACUAAAACGUCGAAAUUGGUUUCUCUGGUCGAUUUAAUUGUUGACAUUACAAAAAGAACUAAAAUAUUACUUUGGUCAUUGGAAAUAAAAAUAUUUUUGUCUU